AUGGAGCACGCAGUCGCCGCCAAGUACGCAGACGCCAUGGAGUACCUGGAGUUGCCUGAGAGUGUGAAGGGGAGGAAAUGCAGAGUCCCACGGAGUGUGUGGAAUCCCACCGGGUCGGAUUUCCAUCAUGACACUGUCGAGGGCUCUUCAAGACGACAAAGAGCGCGAAAGAACUUGAACGCCUAUGUGGCUGAUGAAGAGGAAGAGAUGGCUAGGGAAGUCGGACUAGAUGUGUGUAUCGCACACGAGACGGCCGGCCUGAACGAAGAAGCAGCACACAUCCCGAUGACUGCAGAAGUGGAGCGCAUACCGACUCCCUAUAUCACUGCAAGGAGCACCCCAAUCGGCACGAAACCAGAGCGAGUACCGACUCCCAUGCCCUUCGCGUUGGGCCAAUAUACAAAACGCCAAGGAAACAAGCACAUCAACCCUUUUUCAGACGGCGAACGACAAUACAGCACCUCGCCCGCACGUCUUGAGCGCAUCUCCUCGUCCUCGCCCCUCCAGCUCGACCUCUUCCCCUCCCCUCCCCGGUCCUUCAGUGUUCUAGAAGGGAAAGGUAAGGGCAAUGCACCCGCCCUGCCUUCACCAGAGGAAAUCGACCGCUGGCGUCCACUCUCUAUCUCAUCCAUCGGUACUGCAACUCCGCUCCACCCUGGAAUCCGGACUCCUCUCGCAGCGCGGUACUCCCCGUUGCACAACAAGGCGACAAGGGAGCGUCAGCUCUCCAACAUCGACAGCGUGAUCUCGCCGUACCCUGUGCCUUGCCCGGGUAUUGAAGACGUCUCUUCGCUGUGCUUUGGGAACUUCUUCGCCUCCCGAGUGCAGCCUCGGUCACCGGCCUAUGAGGAGGGCGUAGGCAAUGCGUCAUCUACAAGCAGCGAGCAGUUUUACAAGCUGCCCGAGUACACAGGAAGUAGUAACACGGAUCUAAUACGUCCGCGGCGAAGACAACAAGACCCGGUUGGGAUUAAGCCGCUAGACCUCGAGCUUAGUUCGCUGGACGUUGAGCUUAGGUCGCAGGGCAGCCCGGUGAGCGAGGUGCUUGUUGGGAGCCCGCCAGUGUCGGAGGCGCUGACGGGAGAUUUCGAGCUGGAGGAGGUGAUAACCUUCCAGGAAUGGAACGAAGCACAGAAAAGAGAGGAUCGUUUUGAGAGGAGCUUUCUGGGGAAAGCUAGGUCGCUUUAUAGGAAGAUAAGAGGUAAAUUUGGUGGUGGUGAUGAUGACGAGGAGGAGUCUGGAGUAGAGAGGAGGGGUGUGUUAGGGCAGCUGAAGAGUAAGGUUGCGAGGAUGGGUGCGGUCAGGGGUAAACUUUUCCGGAGGGCUAAAGAGGUGUAA